AUGUUUCCUCUCUUUCAAGUGGAAGACUUUAAAACACCACAGUUGCUGGGUUUGGUUUAGUUAAACCGACAUCAUGGUGUCAGAGAAAGAAGUUCUCGUGGCUGCUGCUGUUUUUCUUGUUGCCCUCAUUUCACAGAGUGAGGGUAUAAUUGGUGGCAGCGAAGCAGCGCCACACUCUCGGCCUUACAUGGCGUCCAUCCAGGUACCAGAAGGAGAGACUCUGAAGCAUGAGUGUGGAGGGUUUGUGGUCGCAGAUCAGUGGGUGAUGACUGCAGUGCACUGUCUGCCAACCGGGCCAAAUGGAAGGAAGGUCGUGCUGGGUGUCCAUUCUCUGAGUGAACCUGAAGAAACAAAGCAAACCUUUGACAUUUUGGAGCUUCACAAUCACCCAGACUACAAUCCGUUAAAUUAUGAUAAUGAUAUAGCUUUAAUUAAGUUGGAUCGUCCAUUUGAAGCCUCUGAAGCUGUUAAAGCGGUGGAAUUCCUGCGGGCAGGAGGCACAAAUCCCAGCCCCAGUGCAGAGGUCGACACAGCUGGCUGGGGAUCCCUUGACAACCUGGGGUCCAGACCUGACAAGCUCAAAGAGGUGGUCAUCGAGGUGGUCAGCUCGGCUCGGUGCAGACGCAGUGACUACUAUGGCAGGAAGUUCACCAAUAACAUGAUCUGUGCUCACAAAGUGUGCCCAGAGCCCUGUGAUCAACCAUACAAGAAAGAAGACACCUGUGAUGGUGAUUCUGGUGGUCCUCUUCUCUUCAAUGGCACUGCAGUGGGCAUCACCUCUAAUGGUGGAAAGAAGUGUGGCCAGAUUAAAAAGCCGGGAAUUUACACCAUCAUCUCCCACUACACUCAGUGGAUUGACAACAUCAUGGCCCCGCAGCCUAUUGCAGCAUCAGACCAGAGCAGCUAAAUAAAGGACAGUAGACACUAUUCACAGUUAUUCAAUCAGUCAAUCAAACUUUAAAUGAUUUUUUAGAUGUAUGUAUUAUAUAGCACCUUUCAUACAGGUUCAUGCAAGUCAAAGCACUUUAUAAAACAUCAUUAAAAAACAUAACUAUAGUUACUAGUGGCACAUUAGUGUUUUCAGUGGCAGCCAUGCUUCUACCAGUCCUGCCUUUACUGAGUCACUGAUUCUUCUACCUGCAUGUGAAGCUGAUGUUUAUAUCAUAUGAUUUGUUUUAUAUCAUUUACAUAUUGAACAGACCUGUGCAUGUCAUGUGCAGCUAAUGCAUGGCUCUAGAGAUUGAUCUCCAGUAUGGCAAACAUACCACAACCACCUAUACAAACAGAAUAAUAUAUUUCAUAAUGUAUUUCACAUUAUUUUACUCCCAUAAAGGGAUCAAUAAAAUACAGUUUAUCACA